AAGGCUACAAAAAAUGCAAGAUUUGUUUAGAUACUUAUCCAAAACUAAAACCAGCAAAUCCCACACACAAGAAUUCUAGAGAGAGAGAGAGAGAGAGAGGGAGAUGGAGACGAUAGAGCACAAGACGAUCACAGCGAACGGCAUAAACAUCCACAUAGCAGAGAAAGGCCAAGGCCCACUUGUCCUCUUCCUCCACGGCUUCCCAGAACUCUGGUACUCAUGGCGCCACCAAAUCCUCUACAUGGCGGCGCACGGCUACCGCGCCGUGGCGCCCGACCUCCGCGGCUACGGCGACACCACCGGAGCACCCGUCCACGACUCCACCAAAUUCACCUCCCUUCAUGUCAUCGGAGACAUCAUUGCCCUCCUCGAUGCCAUAGCGCCUGAUGAAAAACAGGUGUUUGUGGUUGCGCAUGACUGGGGGGCGGUUCUUGCGUGGUUUUUGUCCUUGUAUAGGCCUGAUAGAGUCAAGGCUUAUGUGUGUUUGAGCGUCCAUUUUACUCCCAGGAAUCCUAUGAUGACGACUAUUGGGGCGAUGCGAAAGUACUUUGGGGAUGACCAUUACAUGUGCCGAUUUCAGGAACCUGGAGAUAUCGAAGCUGAAUUUGCCCAAAUUGGUGUUAGAAAGGUGGUCAAAAAAUUACUAACAUACCGCCAUCCCGGUGCAAUUUAUUUCCCUAAAGGAAAAGGAUUGGGGAGUUUUCCUGAUACUUCAGAUACCUUGCCUUCUUGGUUAUCAGAAGAAGAUGUUGAUUAUUAUGCCAGCAAAUUUGAAAAGAAUGGCUUCACUGGAGGAAUUAACUACUACCGAGCUUUGGAUCUAAAUUGGGAGCUCACAGCACCCUGGACAGGGGCCCAAGUUAAAGUGCCUACGAAGUUCAUAGUGGGCGACUUAGACCUGGUAUACAACAUCCCAGGGGUCAAGGAAUACAUACAAGGCGGCGGAUUCAAGAAAGAUGUGCCUCUGUUGGAUGAAGUUGUCAUCAUGGAAGGAGUAGCACACUUCCUGAACCAAGAAAAGCCCGACGAGAUCAACCAACACAUUCUUGAGUACCUCAAGAAGUUCUGAUUUACCCCUCCCUUACGUUGUCUGGGAUCUAUGGAGUUUUGAAGGUUUUUGUGAAGGAAAAUGAUGUGUUUCUUCUUCAUUACACAUGAAGAGGCUAUAUGUAUUUUCUCUGCUGUUCACAAUUCCUUCGAAAACUCCGAGCUCCAAAAAGACAGCCAUGUUGUGGUUUUUUUUUUUUUUUUUUUUUUUUUGUGCUUGGCAACCACCAUGUUGUGUUUCAUGUAAUAAGUUUCACACACUAGAGAUCACAAACUUUUUGUGUGUGCCUGUUAGUGUCGCUGCUGGAGUUUAGCAUUUAUAAAUUUCAGGUCAUUUUGAUCCUAA